AUGAAGUCCUCUGCGCAGUUCUCGGCUCUGGCCGGCGCCGUUCUCCUGGCCGCCACCGGCAGCCAUGCCGCCCCCACGAUCGACACCACCUACCCCUACACGGGCCCCGACGUGCCCGUCGGCGACUGGGUCGACAACACGCCCAGCGGCAACGGCCGCGGCUUCCCGCGCCUGGUGGAGGCGCCCGCCGUGACGCCUGCUUCCAAGAACCCGACCAACAACGUCAACGUCAUCUCGCUGGCGUACGUCCCCGGCGGCAUCAACAUCCACUACCAGACGCCCUUUGGCCUGGGCGAGGCGCCGUCGGUCGCCUGGGGCACGAGCGCGGCCGCGCUGACCAACACGGCCACGGGCGCGUCGCACAGCUACGAGCGCACGCCGCCGUGCUCGCUGGUGGCCGCCGUGACGCAGUGCUCGCAGUUCUUCCACGAGGUGCAGCUGACGGGCCUCAAGCCGGACACGACGUACUACUACCAGAUCCCCGCGGCCAACGGCACGACCGCGUCCGAGGUGCUGCACUUCACGACGGCGCGCGCCGCCGGCGACGCCAAGCCCUUUACCGUGGCCGUGCUCAACGACAUGGGCUACACCAACGCGCAGGGCACCUUCUCGCAGCUGCGCGCCCUGACCGACGACGGCACGCUGGCCUUUGCCUGGCACGGCGGCGACAUCAGCUACGCCGACGACUGGUACUCGGGCAUCCUGCCGUGCGAGGACUCGUGGCCCGUCUGCUACAACGGCUCCGACACGCGCCUCCCCCCCGGCGAGAUCCCCGGCGACGCCUACGCCAAGGCGCCCCUCCCGGACGGCGAGGUGCCCAACCAGGGCGGCCCCCAGGGCGGCGACAUGAGCGUGCUCUACGAGAGCAACUAG